ACGCCGCCUGGUGGUCGCUUGGAACCGCACCCAUGCUGUAGACGACCUUGUUGCGAGAAGCUCGUGAAAACUGAAGAUAAUAAGGAUAAAUUCCCACAUAAUUUGGUAGUGAGUAGACAAGCGAGAGCGCAGGAGAGACAGGAGGAGCACGGGGCCGACAACCCGAUCGCAUCGCAGACCGCGCCGCCGCCAUGGCAGAAACACAAGUGCAGGCCAACGGAGACAGGUUCAUCGACACGGUCGAUCCGGACGAUCCGGAGUACAUCCGGCAGAUGCAGAAGCCAGCAGUCAUAAAGGAGGACGUGAAGGAGAUGGACAGACGUAAGCGCGUGAACCUGAUCCUCAGCAGCCAGGCGUUUCGCGAGGAGCUGGAGGACAUCAUCUCGAGUCAGAUCCAGCAGGGCCCGCAUCCGGCGAGCCUCAUUGCUCUGCAGCAGAUCUCGGAGCUGAUCCUGCCGCAGGCGCGCUUCAACCAGUCCGUCGGCCGGCCCUCGAACGCGCUCAGCCGAG